CUUCAUGUCAAUGGAAACCGAAGGCGGUUCUGAACCACCGCAGGUAGAGGAGCAGCCGCAAGGAGAGCUCUCUUAUGCGGUCUUAGACUACUCUAUAAACUGGAGUGACUUCUGCGAGAAGCAUGGUAUAGAUCGUCGCAUAUCGAAGGCUUUGAAUAAGCUACAGUUCGAGAGGCCGGCGCUCGUGCAGUCGAGAGCCAUCCCUCCCGUGCUGGAGAGUAAAGACGUCUUAGUCAAGGCUAGAACAGGGUGCGGUAAAACUAUAGCCUACGUGGUACCUUUACUACAGCAGCUUCUCGCUACAGCGCCCAAGAGUGGGUCCAGGCACCCACUGACGGCCUUCGUAUUGGUACCUACUAAGGAACUCUGCGUGCAGGUGAAUCAAGUGGUGAACUCGCUCUUGCACUACGCCUUCGACGUUAUCUCAUGUGAUAUGCACACUACGACGCAUCCUUACCGGAAGGCCCUGCCCAGCAUUUUGGUGUGCACUCCUGCUGCUUGCCUCUCUGUGUUGAAGUCUCGGAAGGAACUUGGUCCAACGAUCAAACAUCUUGUGAUCGACGAAGCUGACCUUAUGCUGUCCUAUGGGUACGAAGAAGACAUCAAAGGCGUGUUGGGAUACCUCGAUCGUUACCAAUGUAUGUUACUAAGUGCCACCCUAAACGAUGAUGUGGAGACCCUAAAGGGCCUUUGCUUGCACAAGCCGGUUAUAGUCAAGUUAGAGGAGGCUGAGAGCGGCGCUGCUGCUGGCGAGGGCCAUUUGAAGCAGUUCUACCUUCCCCUUAGACCCGACGAGAAGUACCUUGUUGUUUAUGGGCUGUUAAAAUUGAAGCUUCUGGUGGGCAAGACGCUCAUAUUCGCCAAGGAUAUCGACAGUGCUUAUCGCUACAAGCUGCUGUUGGAUAAGUUCUCAAUGGGAAGUGUUGCCGUGCUGAACUACGAGUUGCCCUUCUUGAGUCGAAACCAAAUCAUCGAGUCCUUCAACAUGAACGCGAUUGACGUUCUCAUUGCAACAAACCAGGCCGUUUCGGGAUCGGGCGCCGAGGAGCAAGCUAUACACAGAGGGCUUGACUUCGUUGACGUGAAGGCUGUUCUCAAUGCUGAUAUGCCCGACACCGCUCGAGAGUAUGUUCAUCGCGUUGGUAGAACGGCUAGAGGUGGUGCUAAUGGUACUGCUCUCACUCUGGUUGAUGAUGUGGAGCAAUGGCAGGAAGUCCUAGCCGAGAUCGAGGAAGCUGGAGUUGAGAUUGAGGCACUACCGUUGGACAUUUCGGAACUGAACAGCUUGAAGUACCGCGUCGAGGACGUGUCGCAUUCGAUCACGAAGAAGGCGGUUGCUAGCCUGCGGCAAUCAGAGCUGAUGAGAGAGGUACUGCACUCGGAUAAGAUGAAGCAACAGCUGCAGGAGAAUACUGAGGAUGCCAAGGCGCUUCGGAAGAGUUUGAGACAAAACAAUGCGAAGGUUGCUGGGUCGACUAUCAAGAAGAGUUUGAAGGAUCUCCCUGAGUACCUUGUACCGCAGAGUUUUCUCAACUCUUUAGAUGAGGAUGGUGAUGCGUCCAAUCCAGUCAAGUUGGCGGCUCUGGGCAAGGGGAAUAGCACAGAUGGGAAGAAGGGGAAAGGUAUGAAGCGAAAGUUAUCAUCCGAUCCGUUGAAGACCUUUGAGUCGACCAGGAAGCGUCUGUUAACUGGAAGCAUGCGAGAUCGGAUGCUACGGAAGGAGCCUUCUAAUGUUGGUGUGAACGUUGAAUCGUUGGCGCCUAUUUCUGGUCGGAAGCUGUGGAAGAUCCGUCAUCGCAAGCAUGUUGGUGGUCACAGUGAUCGUGCUGGUCAACCUAAGGUCAAUUCCUUGGCUAUGAAGAAGCGUCGGAAGAAGUUCCAACUAGGAGGGAGGAGUUGAAUAAGACCAAUAUACGCUUAUAUGCUUCGCUACUCAAACCACGUCAGUUACU